UAUUAAUUUAUUAAAGUCUCCUCUUCAGCGAAGCAGCUACGAGGAAGCUCACCAAAAUACUUGUAAUGGAUCCACGUUUCAACUAAAAAGCACACUCAUCCACAUCUAUAAAUACCAAUCACCAAGUUCCAAACUUUGCUACCUCCCAGCCAUUUCAACGUGAACAAAAAACACAUUUGAAUAUACCUAGCUAGCUAACAGUAGUACUAGUAAUCAAGUACUGAGUGACCUUCGUGCAUGGACAUGCCUUCUUCAAGUGGUGCUGCCAGUUCCGCAUACAGAGGAGUCCGAAAGAGAAAAUGGGGGAAAUGGGUAUCCGAAAUUCGCGAGCCAGGAACCAAAACAAGAAUCUGGUUGGGGAGUUUCGAAACGCCGGAGAUGGCGGCAGCUGCCUACGACGUCGCUGCGUUGCAUUUCAGGGGACGCGAAGCAAGGCUCAACUUCCCUGAGCUUGCAAGCACUCUUCCUCGCCCUGUCAGCAACAAUGCUGACCACAUACGCAUGGCGGCGCACGAGGCUGCGCUCAGGCUUAGGACCAACACGGUGGCGCCCCAGACUGGUGCCUCCGCCGCUUCAACCGCCGCUGCGCCACUUACCGUGAGACUCUCUCCGACUCAGAUUCAGGCUAUCAAUGAGUCGCCUCUUGACUCGCCUCAGACGUGGAUGCAAAUGCCUGAUGCGUUCAUGUUGGAUGAUCAAUCCAUGGUGUUUGCAAAUGGGUAUGCGUUUGAGGAUAGCGAGUGGGAGGAUAUGCAGAAUGAUUCUCUUUGGGAUCCUUAG